AUGUUUAAGGAGCCCGCUAUUCGCGUACCAAGUUUAGUGCGUCUUAGAGAAAUAGCACAAGACACGGGGUUGGAUGUUGCUGAAUCUGAUCUUGGAUCAUACCAGGAGGCUAUUUCUACUAUUCUGGCAGAUACCUACCAACGGUUGUACGAGUUACCAGACACCAAACUGCCUGUGAAAUAUCCACGGACACCAGGUUACAGACCAUCACCAGAAGACAAUCCUUACAAUGCAUGGUUAGUUGCCGGUGGUCACGUGGAUAUGGCUUUAGGAGGAGAUCAAGGGGGCUCCAUUAGGAUGCCUGCCGCCGCAUGUGGAAUUGUGGGUCUAAAACCCACCUACGGUUUAGUUCUAUAUACUGGGAUCGUGCAGAUGGAAUUUACACUGGAUCAUGUGGGACCAAUGGCUAGGACAGUUUAUGACACAGCUUUGAUGUUGGAGGUGAUUGCUAGGCUUGACGGAGACCUCGAUCCCAGGCAGCCAAGAGAUUUGUACAUCGAUGAGACAUGCACUUCGAAGUUAUCAGGUGAAAUUUCGCAUCUUAAACUCAGGAUAAACUCUGUGGCCAUGCACUACGAAGGAGCAAGCAUACUUCAAGGUAUAUGCGCAGAAGGGGUGACACGAGUGAUCUUUGAGGCAGACUCCGUUGAACAUUACCUUUGGAAGGAUAAACAAGAGGCGUUUUAUGAUCUUUUAGGGUUUGGAACAAGCUCAAAGAUGUAUUACGACAGAACGCUUCAUGAGGCUUUUUCACGAGGCCUGAAGACACACCUGAAUGAUUUGCCAAUCACCAUCGAAAAAAACAUUUUACUUGGACGCUUCCUUUUAACAGAAUAUAAUGGAACUUUCUACAGCAAGUCGCAAAACUUGGGACGAGAAUUGUGUAGAGCAUACGACAAAGUUCUUGAAGAUUAUGAUGUGUUGUUGAUUCCCAAAAAGGCGCAGUCUUUCCCGCCUGUAAAACCAUCAAUUGCAGAUUAUUUGAGGAAAGUUUCUUACAUUGGCCUCAACACUGCACCUUUCAAUGUCACAGGACACCCAGCCCUGUCAAUCAACGCCGGCUUCAGUGACGGCUUACCAGUUGGUAUGAUGAUUGUGGGAAGAAAGUUUGACGAGGCCACUGUUCUGAACGUUGCCUACGCUUACGAAAAGAUAAGGCACGCCGAAGAUAAUAUAUGCUUAAUUGAAUAA